CAAGAAUUUGUCCGAAGCCAAAAUACGCGCCAAAUUUCAUUGUGGUUGUCGGCGGACGAGUUUGGGAGGGUCAGUAGUGCUGCAUGAAUGUUGUGAAAACUGGAAACAUGAACGGUUUUAAACUAUAUCUGUUAUCAGACAUUCAGUCACCCCCUGUAGAACUGACCCGCUGUUGCAGGUCUGACAGCAGUUCCUGCUUCUACAGCAGGCUGCCGGUGCCACUCCCAGACACCGUGGUGCUUUUCUCCCUGGGAAAGUUUCCAGGCGACAAAGAAACAAAGAAGUCAGGUACAGCACUUGAUGUCAGCAUCACCCUUGGCGAUGACAGGAUACAGUUUGGUUCACUAGAUAAACACACAAGGCUCCAUGCUUUUGCUGUUGACACCAUUGCGAUUGUGUUCAAUGUAUUCUGUGGGAAAAGACCAAGGACACAGCAAGGCUUGAACACAACAACAGCGCUGUGUUCGCUGGCCAAGCUGUGUGUGGAAGUGCAGGGGGUUGACCACAGUGACAUCAGCUGUCUCGCAACACCUACCACAGAGGAAGAGGUGGUGAAGGAGGAGAAUAUACAAGAAGAAAAUGAAAACACACCACAGCUGUCCACGCCAUCACCACUGCCACGUAAGACAAAACAGAAAAAGAGGGGCCGUGAGAGCACAGACGGAACACCAGAAGGUCCUGCCGCACGCAAACAAAAACUCAACACCAGGAUGAGGGCACUCAAGAAUGAAUUCAAAACUCCAAAGAAAUUUGGCAAGAAGAAUUCUGAAACAGUAGGAACGCCUGUACUGAAUGAAAAGAAUUCAGACAUACUGCCCAAAACUGGACCAAGACUCUCUCGAUGUAAAGAUGUCUCAAUUAGGGCUCCGAGUCCCAGCAGCCGAUGGGGGUCGUCCAUGUGCAUGAUCCACAACAACCGGGCUGUGUUGGUUGGCGGCCAGGGUGAUCGGCAGCAGCUGAGCCGCGAUGCAGUGUGGACGCUCGACCCAGACACCAGACGGUGGCGGUCACCUGAGUUGACGCUAGAGGGUCAGAAGACUGAGUACCGUAUGGGACACAGCGCCACCUACGACCCCACCGCUCGCUGUAUAUAUGUGUAUGGUGGAUCGAAAAACCUCAAGUGGUUCCAUGAUGUGCAUAUGUUGGAUGUGGACGAGUGGAAGUGGCAGCUGAUUAAGGUUAAUGGCAAAGCCCCGACAAGAUCAUACCACAGUGCAACCUUGUACCGCCAUGAGCUGUGGAUAUUUGGUGGAGUGUACCCCCGGCCAGACCCUAACCCUGACGGUUGCAGUAAUGAGAUCCACAUCUUCAGCCCUGUGAUGGAGAACUGGUAUUGCCCCAUUGUCACUGGUGACAAACCAGCACCUCGCUCAGGACAUUCUGCCACACUCAUCAAGGACCAACUGGUUGUGUUUGGAGGAUGGGAUGCCCCAAUCUGCUUCAAUGACUUGUAUAUCCUGGACAUGGGUACUGUUGAUUGGUCCAAACCAGAGGUCAAAGGCAUGCCACCAAAAGCACGGAGUUGGCAUGCUUCCUGCGCCCUCAGCAACAACCGCAUCCUCAUUCAUGGCGGCUAUGAUGGCAACAACGCCCUGGACGACACCCACAUUUUCAACUUAGACGAGAGGAGCUGGAGCUGUAUCUGUGUGGAGGGCGCGCCCACUGCCAGGGCCGGCCACCUUUCCAUCUGUCUGCCUUACAGCCACGAGAAUCAGGAGGAGGACGAAGUCAUCAUCUUCGGGGGAGGAGACAAUGACGGCACAUUCUUUAACGAUCUAUUCAGCCUAUGCAUCCCCUUCAAGCCGGUCCUGGAGGAUGUGGUGGUGGAGCUGAAGGGAGGGAAGGCUUGAUGGUGAGACAGUCAGAAGCUGAACAGCAACGCUGGCUGUACAUACUCUCAUCACAGCCAUUCCUCCUCUACUUGCCCUGCCCCCUCUACUUGCCCCUCCCCCUCUACUUGCCCUGCCCCCUUCCCUCGACUACCACAUUGUGGUGAUGUAUAUUUCCCCCUGACUACAGUGUGCAAGGCAGCAUGGACCUAAAGCAGCUUCCAUGAAGCCUGUCAGUGGACACUUCUGUGGCAACAGAUUUAACAAUUAAUGGUGUGUACAACGAAACUUUGCUUCAUAUAAGCACUGAUUAGUAUGGAUUUAGGAAAAAUAUAGUCGUGUUUAUCAACAGCAGAAUCAAGACGUUCUUCACAACUCUUGUAAUUCUAGCAGUCGUGUUGGGGCUGUUGGGUGUGUUAUCAAGUGCACUCUUGUAAUUCUAGCAUUCGUGUUGGGGCUGUUGGGUGUGUUAUCAAGUGCAAAUGAUUUUUUAGCAGAUGUUUUCCUGCAAUUGUUAGCCAAGCCCAAUCAUCCCUUCUGGACAGUGCUAUGUACUCUGUUUAUAUGUAGGCACUCAUAAAUAAUAUAAGCGUGUGUAUAUAUACAUUUGUUUUACUCUAACAGUUUUACUGUCCAUUGUUUUAGGUCUUUGUAUCAUCAUAGAGAUCUGGAAAUGUAAUAGAAAAUCUUAAAAACGUGGACAAACUUUUAUUGUUUCUAAUUUUACUGUUCAUGGGUGUUUUUAAUGGUAUUGAUUCAUAUGUAAAUACCUCAUUUUCACUGAAUUUGUGUUUUAAAUCAUUUGAUUGUCUUUUUAUGAUGAAUAAACGUUUUAGUGCAA